AUGCUUGGGGGACUUAGCUUCUACGUUGAGUACGCGGCCGUGGCAGCAUCUGUUUGUUUUCUCCUGUCACCACUUGUGGAGGUGCAGAAGGUGCAUCGCUCCCAGGGCAAGGCGUUGAGGGAUGUUUGCCCAUCGAACCUGCUUCUCAUGCUCGUCAACUCUGCACUAUGGCUUUGGUAUGCGAUCUUUGUCCCGCUUCCCCCAAUGGUGGUGAGCAACACCAUUGGACUGACAGCAGGCUGCUACUGUUUGACCAGCUGCUGGUUCUAUGCACGUCAAUGCCGUGAGCAAACAUGGGGCACAGCCGCAGCCGCCAGCACCGUCCUGGCAUUUAUGGCAAUCUUCCUGGCCCUUGUCUAUGCGGCGACGUCAUUCUCUCAUGUCCAGCAACUGGGAUACUUGGCCAUGGCAGUGAACAUCCUUGCAUAUGGAGCCCCGCUCGCGGUGGUUAGCCGAGUGCUUGUGGAGAAGUGCUCCCGGGCACUACCACCUGCGCAGUGCAUCCUUGCACUUUCCUGCAGCUUCCUUUGGCUUUGUGUGGGUUUGACCGCGCAAAGCAUGCCCCUGAUCCUCCCGAAUGCAUGCGGCGUACUUCUUGCGAUCCUGCAACUUUUCCUCAUCUGGUUCUAUCCUCGUAGGGAUCGUGACGAGUCGUUGAGCAGCCAGGGGCUGGGGAGAACACUUCUUGCCACGUCACAGUCUGGCAAGAAGCAAGGAAGGCUUGAGAACGUUAAACCGGCUCCGGGCACAUGGGAAAUCCAAUACAUGCAAUCUCUGCGCCACAGCCGACAGAGCAGCCGUCAUGGCAGUACUUCUACAGGACUCCCGAAGCCCAAGCCCAUGUUGCUCGUUGGAAUAUGUACAGAUGCAGACUGA